AUGAGUAUCGCAACAUCUCUGGCAUUAACAGGACUAGGUGGCCUGGCAUAUAAAUUUGAUAGAAGGCAGAAGUAUGAAAAAGCUCCUGAAGUUGCAAUCCCCUUUGAUGAAUAUGGGGUGAAAGUUUACAAAAAGGAACUAACUGAAAGGUGGUCCAGAAUAUCUUUGAUGACAUCUUCCUUCUUGAGCGAUUUCUUCUCUAUAAAGCCAUACUAUUACCCAUUUAAGGGAUUCAAGGAGAUGCAAUUGAAUGUUGCCGGUUAUAUGCCGACAAUUACUCGUUUAUACUUAUUAUAUUGUCUUUCAUUUGCAACUGUGUUCGGAAUCUAUUGGGUCACCAUUACGCCUGUCUACUUUUCAAUUCUGCUUGUAUUUGGUCCAUUUGGGUUCAUUCUCACUGGGCUACAUUCACUACUACAUGCAAAUCUCCUCACAAUGUUAUUUCUAAGAAUGUCCCAUUUUAAUAACCAACUUACCAUCGUGUGUAUGAAGACUUAUGGGUUAACAGUAGAUAAAGAUGCGAGACCCACAAAACACUUUGUCCCUCUCAACAGCCUUUAUUUUUGGACCUAUUAUUUACCUUAUAAGACAAUGAAAUAUGGGAUUGGGUUCAUUGUCUUAUCCAUUUUAUUAUCCAUAUCAUUUUUGCCCAUAUUUGGCCCAAUUAUUUUUAGUGUAAUUAUUGCCCCAUUCGUCUCCAAAAUUUAUUUCUCAAAAAUGUUUAGAUUAAGAGGAUUCGAUGAUAGAAGAAGAGAAGAAAUAUUUUUUAACAGAUUCGGAUUAUAUGCCUCAUUUGGGAUAGUGGCAUCUUUAACGGAAACUAUACCAAUCUUUUCUGCUUUAUUCAUUUCCUUUAAUACUAUCGGAUGUACUUUAUUAGGUAUCGAAAUGAAGCUUUUGGAUUAA